GAACACAAUUUGAUCGGAACAGGCGAACGCCCCGCCUUAGACCUCUCUCGGCCGGUCGCUAAUCCCCUGGCGACCGGCCGCCGGAGCGUCUCGUCACCUGUCACAGCUUAGCCGCCUCUCGCCCGCCCGCCUGGAGUGGUGGGGAUGACUCGCGUAACGAAAUAGAGAGUAACGAAAUCAAGAAAUGACUGUAUGUACGACUUGGUAAUGUUGUUUAUUUAGACGUCACAUUUUAUCAAAGUUCUAUCAAAAAUCUAUCUAGAUUUAUGAGAUGCUAGAUUUAUUUCAUUUAUGUGACAUGGCUUAUGAAGAUUAGAAACUUCCUUUGUGUUGAAUACUUUGCUGACGCUCGAGUCAAAUGGACAUUUCUCUUUUUGGGAUGUACAAAUGCCAAUUUGUCGCUAAAUUGGCAAAUGGACGUGCUUUCGUGCUACUAAAUAGAGUGGAUAGUGGCAUUUCUCGCUCUUCUGGAGUGAAUGUUACUUGGUGACAUAACCCUACGAUCAACAGCUUCUCAUCGACAAGGAUGCGACGUUUACUGAGGGCCAUGGAGGCGAGCGACACGAUGAGCUGAGUGCGGCCCGGGUGCCCCUGUGGGUGCCCCUGCGGGUGCCCCUGUGGGUGCCCCUGUGGGUGCCGCGCGCGGUGCCCCUGCGGGUGCCCCUGUGGGUGCCAAAAGGCGCGGACAUGACGGCGGCGGGGCCCGGGCGGUGAGGCGGCGCGGCCGCGGAGGGGCGGCGAGGCCGGCGGCCACCUCACCUCGACGAUGGCGCGCCCCGGCCCCGGCGGCGGCCCCGGCGGAGGCCCGGGCGGCGGCCCGGGCCAGGGCCCCGGCCAGGGCUCCGGCGGCGGCCCCGGGUCGCUGCGGCUGCCGCUGGCCGCGCUCUGGCUGUGCCUGCUGGCCGCGCUGGCGCCGCUCGCGGGCCGCGCCGACGCCCAGCGGCCCACCUCGACGGGUGGCAAGGACCGCCACGACGUGUACAUCGCCGGCUUCUUCCCCUUCGCCCGGAACGUGCCCGAGUCGCGGGUGGGCCGCGGAGUGAUGCCGUCCGUCAAGCUCGCCGUGGACCACAUCAACGAGAACCAGAACGUGCUGCGCAACUACCGGCUGCACAUGUGGUGGAACGACACGCAGUGUAACGCGGCUGUGGGAGUGAAGGCAUUCUUCGACAUGAUGCACAAGGGCCCCCCAAAGGUCAUGUUGUUUGGGGCGGCCUGCACGCACGUGACGGAUCCCAUCGCCAAGGCGUCCAAACACUGGCAUCUCACUCAGCUGUCGUACGCGGACACCCAUCCCAUGUUCACGGCGGAGAACUUUCCCAACUUCUUCCGCGUCGUGCCGAGCGAGAACGCCUUCAACCUGCCACGCCUCAAGCUUCUGCAGCAGUUCAACUGGACCCGGGUCGGCACCAUCUAUCAGAACGAGCCGCGCUACUCACUGGCACACAACAGGCUGGUGGCGGACUUAGACACCAUGGGCUUCCAGGUGGAGGAAGCCCAAAGCUUUGCCACAGACGUUUCUGCUGCCAUCAAAAAGCUCAAGGAUAAGGACAUCCGAAUAGUUCUUGGGAAUUUCAACGAGACCUGGGCCAAGAGAGUAUUCUGUGAGGCGCACAAAGUGGGCAUGUUCGGGCGCAAGUACCAAUGGUUGAUUAUGGGCGCUUACACCGUGGACUGGUGGAAGGAGACGGAUGAAGCGUUGGAGUGCGCCCAGGAAGAUCUGAGGACAUCGCUGGAGGGCUGCAUUCUGACUGAUCUGCUACCGCUGUCAACGUCAGGGGAGAUCACCGUCUCUGGCAUCGGACCGGUGCGCUUCUACGACAACGAGAGAAAAGCCAGCAUUCUCCUGAAGCAGUUUCAAGGUGGUGAAGAGAUCAAGGUGGGCGAGUUCAACGGCGUGACUGAGCAGCUGGACCUGUCGCGGGGCCAGCCCGUGCUGUGGCAGGGUGGCCGCGGCAUACCACCUAAGGACCGCACGCUGCAGCAGAUUCAGCACUCACAGAUCAACCUCACCGUGUACGUGCUGCUCGCCUCGUGCGCGUCGGUCGGCAUGCUCCUGGGCUCCUUCUUCCUCAUCGUCAACAUCCGCUACCGGGACCAGAGGUACAUCAAGAUGUCAUCGCCACACCUCAACAACCUCAUCAUCGUGGGCUGCCUCCUAACGUACUCGUCCGUCAUCUUCCUGGGACUCGACUCGCAACUCACGAGCAUCGAGACGUUCCCCUACAUCUGCACGGCACGCGCCUGGCUGCUCAUGGCUGGCUUCUCACUCGCUUUCGGCGCCAUGUUCUCCAAGACGUGGCGGGUGCACUCCAUCUUCACGGACGUCAAGCUCAAUAAGAAGCGUUCCUGGCGUGGGAGACGAGGCACGUCAGCAUCCCAGCACUCAAUGACUCCAAGUACGUUGGUAUGUCGGUGUACAACGUCGUCAUCAUGUGCGUGAUGGGAGCUGCCAUCUCGUUCGUCCUUUCGGACAAGCAGGAGGCGUCCUUUAUCAUCAUCUCCUCCUUCAUCCUCUUCUGCACGACGGCCACCCUCUGCCUCGUGUUCGUCCCGAAGAUCGUGGAGCUGCGGCGCAACCCGCAGGGCGCCAUCGACAAGAGGAUGAUCCGCGCGACCCUGCGGCCCAUGUCCAAGAGGAGGGACUCGACCACCAGCGAGAUGGAAGAGAGAAUUCAAGAGGCCAAGGCGCUUAACGCCAAGAAUAGGAAACUGCUCCUGGACCGAGAGAGCGAGUAUCAGAUGCUGGUGAGGAGAGUUGGAAUGGACGGGCAGACUGUAAUAGAGGGUGAACCAAUGGACAGGUUGGCCGUGCCAAAAACAGAAACCCUCAUUAGAAGAGAAGGAGUGCUGGGUGCGCCUUCGGCCACCGAAACGACUGAUAUCAGUUCCAUCAACUCUUCGGCGGAGACCGAGUACGUCAGCCUUGGUGCAGAGACUCCCGGCCAGAGCCGGAAGAGAUCGUUGGUAGCAGCAGCGAAGAUCGCCGAGGAAAGCCGACGAGGUUCGAUAGCUGCUAUUGCGGAGCAGACUCCGAGCAGACGACCUUCCACCCACGAUAUCUCGGGGGGUCUCUACGUGCGGGAGGCUAGCCGCGACUCGGAGCCCCGGGAGGAUGACGAGGACGGCGCGGGCAGGUACCCACCAUCCUCGCCGCCCUCCUCCACGACGGGCGGCCCGGGCGGCGGCGCUCAGCUCUCAAAGGUUGUGUCGUUUAGCGACGUUACGGACACGCCGUACGACGACGGCGACUACGACGACGAGGGCGAGGACGAGGAGGCGGCGGUGACAACGCCGCGGCACCGUGCGCACCACCACCGCGGCCACCGCCACUCGACGGCCGCGGGAACAGGGGCGUCGCCGGGGUCGGCCGGCGGCCAGGGCGCGGCGGUGCGACGCCGGAGCUCGGUGAAGAGCUCGAGUGAGAGUGGAAGUGCGGGCGGGCAGUGCGCCAAGCGCAGGACUAGCGUGCCGGCUGCCAUGAUGAGGGUGGGCGAGUCGCACACGCUGGGCCGCCGUAGCCCCAGGAACCCCCAGUUCGUGCACCAGGACGAGCUGUGGCUUUCGCAGCGGCCGUCCAGGAACACGUCACCUAGUGGGUCGAGCACGCCGCCGCAGCACUCGGGUGCGCACACGCCCCACGCCCGCGGCGGCUCACCGCACGCCUCGAGCCCUUACCUGCUCAACGGCGGGGACGAGGACGAGCGUGACAUCCGGGACCGGGACCGGGGGACGGCGCUGCACUACCUCAGCAACAACUCCUCCACGCCCAGCGUCCCGGCCGCCGUCAUGGCGGAGCGCGAGCGCGCUUACGACUACGGCUCUGAGCGGGGCUCGGACCGGGGGUCGGACCGCGGCUCGGACCGGGGAUCCUCCGGAGGACUGAUCCAGAGGGCGGCGUCGGAGCGGAGCCGGGAGAAGUGCUGCCACCACGGCGGCGGUGCGUCCGCGCCCCACCACCACCACUACCCGGCCUCGCAGCCCAACCACCACCACCACCACCAUCACCACCACUCGCACCACCACCACCAUUCCCGGGGGCGGUCGAGUACGGGUGGGUCUGCCGAGGACGCCUCGGUAGCAGUGGUGAGCGUCGGGCCUGACCGGUCCUGUACGCGGCACGCGCCCUACCGCCCCGCGCUGCAGCAGCAGUCCUCGCUCGGCCACGUGCAGAGCACCCCCGACGUGGCGCGCCCAUACGCGCACCAUCACCGAGACCAUCGCGACCGCCAGCACCACCACGAGGGCGGCGGUUUGAACUCUGCCGUGUCGGAAGGCGAGCUCCUCGAUCUAGCGAUCCUCCCUAUUUUCCAAAAACUGCUGACGGAGCGUCACAAGUCUCGGUCAGGCUACGGCGCGUCCGUCGCCAGUUGCCCGAACAUCUCGAUCAAGUGCGACAUAGUCGAGUAUUUGUGACGAGCAUCGCGAUGCGUGCGUGUGCCUUUGGACUUCUUUUACUGAAUUUAAAAUUGCGAUUAUUAUUGCGAGAGUGUUGUUGUACUCGAUGUCAAUUUGUUUGCGUUUUAUGUCUCAUCUUUGUUUUCUCAACUUAAAUUACUGUCACAAAUGGUGAGUGGUUUCGGUGCGAAAAUGUAAACAAUUGUUUGUGUAUAAUGUGAGUGUGAAAGAGUUAACCCAGGCAGGCCCGGUUAGUGAAUGAAUGAGUCGUCUGGCUCUAGACCUACUUUCCUUACGGCUGUCUACGACAUUAUCCCCUCCCCCCCUCCCCCUUCCCAGCCCCUUUCUCGCCUUUCCCUUUCCCUCCCCUUUCU